GGCAAAACGGACGAUCGGUUUAGUUGCAUGAACGGCGUACAACGUGACGGCGGGAUCCGUACAGUCGUUCCUCGGCGGAGAGAGAGACCCUCGUGUGGGAGAGUGCCAGAGCGAGAGGGGCAGACGGGAUAGAGUGAGACGGCGGCGGCACGUAGCUUGUAGGGAAAGGCGGAGAGAGGAAGGAGAGCAGUAGCUAGCCGGUGGUGCGUCGUCGUUGUGCGCUUCCUAACCUCCAAAACGGGCUCCUCGCCUCGCCGACAGCCGACGCGUAAACGUACGUAACGAACGAACGAACGAGCGAGCGAGCGACGCCGCUACCUCGACGCGCGCGCGUGUGUAUAUAUAUAUGUAUAUAUAUUAUAUACGUAUAUAUAUGUGUAUAUGUGCCCGUCCUUCUCCCCGUGACGUUGCCACCGAUUCAUAACGAACGUGAUCCGGCAGUCGUCGUCGUCGUCGUCGUCGUCACCGCUGCCUUGGUCGUCAUCGCCGUGACUCUACGACAGUGUGUUUCUCGCGUGUGUGUCAUCGGGUAUCCGCGGCGUGACAAAAGAGCCGUGAGACUGCGCGGUGGAGGAAAAAAAAAAUAUCCGCGCGAGAGAGAGAGGGAGGAGAUUAGUCCGAAAAGGGAGUUUUUCGUUUUUGGAAUUCACCUCGCCGUCUUGUGCCGCGCUUGCAUUUUGAGUGAGUGAGACGAAACGCGACGAGGGGGAAAUUAGCCACGUCGCCGAACCACCAGGUGCACGGGAUAUUCGACUCCGGAAUUCGGCCUGGAACAUUCCUUCCAUCGUUGCCGCCAACCGCUAGCCGCCCGCCGACGCCGCCGUCUGGGAGCCCUACCGUGGACACGGUAGGUCUAAUAGGCAAUAGAAAUUGAUCUGUGUUCGAUACACCGACGGAAAAUACGUGUGAAGAAUUUAGACAUUAUGAUGAUGACAAACCUACCCCCUGUUAUGCUGCCACCCAUUACGGACUACGGGAUGCUGACGCCUACUCUUGGAAUAAAGGUAAGAAUUCCAGACCUUUCGAAUUUUCGUCCGUUCCCCACAGCACCGUUUCCGGUGGUGAGUGUCCAGGAAUUCCAGUACGCACGCGGGACGGGCGCGUCCAUAACGAUGAGGGGUAGUGACGAGCUUCUAUCGCAAAGCGGGGCAGUCAGCAAUGGUGCUUCAAUGAGUCCGCAACCACAUCACGCGGCCGACAACAACAAUGACGCCAAGAAGGUUAAGCUCGACAAGAGUCACAGCGGCAAACCUUCCAGAGUCAUUCAUAUCAGGAACAUACCUAACGAGGUGACAGAGGCAGAGAUCAUCCAUCUGGGUCUGCCGUUCGGCCGUGUCACCAAUGUACUUGUUCUCAAGGGCAAGAAUCAGGCGUUUCUUGAAAUGGCGGACGAGAACGCUGCGGCGACCAUGGUGACCUACUACGCUUCCGGUGUGGCCCAACUCAGAGGCAGAGCGGUCUACGUGCAGUUCAGCAAUCACCGUGAACUCAAGACGGAUCAAACGCACUCCAACAACGCGGUCAGUAGCCCAACAAAUGAUGUCGCCAACACCUCUGAGAAUUCGAACAGCCAGGUCGCGAUCGCCGGGCAGAAUCAGGUGUCCGGUGCCAGCGAGACUCAGGGCGGACCCAACACCGUGCUCCGAGUCAUCGUCGAGCACCUGCUCUACCCGAUCACUCUCGACAUCCUCUAUCAGAUAUUCACGCGCUUCGGCAAGGUCCUGAAGAUCGUCACCUUCACAAAGAACAGCUCCUUCCAGGCACUAAUACAGUACGCGGACAUGCUGUCGGCGCAGACCGCUAAAUUUUCGCUCGACGGACAGAACGUCUACAACUCCUGCUGCACGCUGCGCAUCGACUACAGCAAGAUGCAGAACCUGAACGUUAAGUACAAUAAUGACAAGUCCCGGGAUUACACCAACCCGAAUCUUCCGACCGGCGACGCCAGCCUGGAUGCGGCGUCGCUCGCCCUCGGCGGGGAAUUGCUGCUGAUGGGCGCCGGUUCCCAACCGCGUGCCAGAAUACCCGAGUCCAUUGCAGGGGCACCGGGUGUGCUGCCCACGCCCUUUGCCAUGCACGGCCUCGCUUCGCCCCUGGCCGGCCCCUACAACGGCGUGCCCCCGGCCGGCGGGCUCGCCGGCCUCGGCGGAUUCCCCCUCGGCGCGGCUGGUCUAGGAGUCCGGGUGCAGGGAAGCGCGCAGGCAUCCGCCGUGCUGCUCGUCAGCAAUCUCAACGAGGAGAUGGUCACGCCUGACGCUCUCUUUACCCUGUUUGGCGUUUACGGGGAUGUACAGCGUGUGAAGAUCCUCUACAACAAGAAAGACUCGGCACUAAUACAGAUGGCCGAACCUCAUCAGGCGCUUUUAGCGCUAACCCAUAUGGACAAGUUGAGAGUGUUUGGAAAGCAAAUCAAAGUAAUGCUCAGCAAACACCAAACGGUCCAAUUGCCAAAGGAAGGUCAGCCAGACGCGGGCCUCACGAAAGAUUACACCAACAGCACCCUUCACCGAUUUAAGAAACCCGGCUCGAAGAAUUAUCAGAACAUCUAUCCGCCGAGCGCGACCCUGCAUUUAUCAAACAUUCCGGCUACGGUAGCGGAGGAAGAAAUCAAGGAUGCUUUCACCAAGAACGGCUUCACCGUGAAAGCCUUCAAAUUUUUCCCGAAGGACAGGAAGAUGGCUCUCAUACAAAUGCCUAACAUGGACGAUGCCGUGGCUGCGCUGAUCAAAAUGCACAACUACCAGCUUAGCGAGUCCAACCACCUCAGAGUGUCGUUCUCCAAAAGCAACAUCUAACAAGAAUCGCCACCGCACGAGCAGCAGUGGUACCAGCCGUACGCCCUAGUUCCCCUUUGGUCACCCGCUUCGGUCUACGACUGAUGGUCCCACAGUUGGAUCCGCUCAGGUGCUCGUCCGUUCCUGCGGGAGUCGCUACGCUGUUGCCGGCCGGCUGCACUGCGCGCGUGACCCAUGGUCCACGUUGCGCACUCGGACUUUGGAGCGGCACAAGCGGACAGGAGCUACCUCGUCCGAGCGAGCUUAGGAUGCUUUCGAGGCCUUGCCCUUGUUGUCGGGACGUCUAUACGGCACGCAUCUAUUUCCGCAUCCGGUUGAUUCUGACAAUUUCCGAGGGUUGCUAGGGUGAUUCGAGAUGUACCAAGGCUGCAAGCGCUCAAGUUAGACGAUGAAGAGGCAAAUUUCGCGACGGCCUUCUCGAAGGUAGUUUCCGGUGCUGGCUUUCGAGCGUAUUGACGCGACAGUUUCGUAACUUUAGAAAUAUGUGAGGAAUUUAGAGAGACAGACGAGGCGAGAGAAGGGAGAGAGAGAGAGAGAGAGAGAAAGGAAGGAUGAGAGAAAGUUAAAUAACGCAACAAAUCGAUCAUUCUUGUGAAAGCCAGGACCGUCGCGGGAAAAGAGAGAAAUGAGAAAAAUAGAGAGAGAUGCAGAUGAGAAAAGCCCAGCAGCCGGGCAUACGUAGAGAAAGCACGCGUAAGAGAGGAAAGAGAGAUUAGAUUAAGAUUAGACGGGAGCGAGGAGACAGCGCAGUGUGGCGAACAACUGUGUCCUCGACUCUUGUACAGAGUUAACGCUAGGAAAGAUAAGAUAUAUUAUUAUACAUGUAAAAUUUCAAUGAAUCGCGCGGCCCGAACCGCUACAGUGAUUACGGUUAAGGAUUUUUUCAAAGUUACGUGAACGUUAAAGGGCGACCAUCUCGCGAUAAGCGCGCGCGACGGCGUCGUCCGUAUACAAUAUAUAUAUAAAUAUCACAGUUUCGGAAGUGGGUCUCCGUCGUCGGCGUGCGUCGUUCGACGAACGGACCUCUCGGGGAGCAGAGCCAAGUGGGGGGAAACAAACAAUGGACCGCGAGAUGUUCUGAUAAUCCCGGACGAUCGUCGUACGUUCACGCGCGACCCGGCGGCCGACUGCCGUGAACCAAGCAAGCGUUUCCCCCACGAGACAAUCUUCAUUCUUCUGACGACCAAAAAAAAAAAAAA